AGUAGACGAGGGCUCCAGACGGGCAGAACGUUCGGAGUGUGACACUCGCUGCUGGUCAGAACAAUGAGCCUCUCAGCUCUGGCGGCUCUGCCCAUCUCGUCCGGCUGUGUCUGAACACACACACACACACACACUCACACACACACACACACACAUGCUUGCUCUCACAUGCUGCUCAACGAUGUAAGGUCGCCACCGACAGACGUGCCUUCGACAUCCACUGCUGCUUGGACCGCUUAAAACGGGCAGCGCCGCCCCCCCCUCCUCCCUGCUUCCCCGCUUCCGCCACCCGCUUGUGGAACGGUCUCCGCUACGUACCUGGUCGCCACGGCAACGCCCCGCACCCCUCGACGCUCGCCCCAUGCCGCUCCUCGAGCCCGUCUCGUAGGGAUCCGACCAGCGAGUCUUCGACGCCUGCGUGUGGGUGAGAGGUGACUGCUCUUUCCACAGCACCAGCUCCGCCCACCUCCUCCCUCCAGCCUCCGCAAGCGCACGUAAUCAAUAAUGAGUUUCACCAUCCGUCUGGCCCGGCAGCGCAGCUGAGAAAAGAGCGAGAGGCGAGAGAGUGGGAAAAACGAGAAGCAUCGAGGCCUCCGAAGGGGCUUCAGAACCGAAAUAAAGGUAACAAACAUGGGCGUCUGAUCCAUCAGCCUGAAAAACACCCGUUGUUUUUGGUACUUUUCCGUACGAGCGGCGCUGCACAAACCAAACCGGACCCUUAAAUAAACCAUUUCUUCAUUGUUGCCGUGGUGUUGCCAGAAUGGCAGUGAAUGUUAUGCCCAUCCGGGACACCAAGUGGCUGACGCUGGAGGUGUGUCGUGAGUUCCAGCGUGGCACGUGCUCCCGGCCCGACUCUGAAUGUAAGUUCGCGCAUCCGGCCAAGAGCUGCCAGGUGGAGAACGGGAGGGUCAUCGCCUGCUUCGACUCCCUCAAGGGCCGCUGCUCCAGAGAGAACUGCAAGUACCUGCACCCUCCACCCCACCUGAAGACGCAGCUCGAAAUCAAUGGCAGGAAUAAUCUGAUCCAGCAGAAGAACAUGGCCAUGCUGGCCCAGCAGAUGCAGCUGGCCAACGCCAUGAUGCCUGGCACACAGCUCCAACAUGUGCCCAUGUUCUCUGUCACACCCAGCCUGGCCACCAACGCCACGGUCGCAGCAGCGUUUAACCCGUAUCUAAGCCCAGUGUCCCCGGGCCUGGUACCUACUGAGAUUAUGCCCAGCACACCUGUCUUAGUUACCAGCAGCCCCAACGUACCUGUACCUGCUGCAGCUGCCGCCGCUGCCCAGAAGCUCAUGAGGACAGAUCGACUGGAGGUGUGCCGGGAGUAUCAGAGAGGAAACUGUACGCGAGGGGAGAACGACUGCCGCUUCGCACACCCGUCCGACAGCACCAUGAUUGACACCAACGACAACACGGUGACCGUGUGCAUGGACUACAUCAAGGGCCGCUGCUCGCGCGACAAGUGCAAGUACUUCCACCCUCCGACGCACCUGCAGGCCAAGAUCAAGGCCGCGCAGCACCAGGUCAACCAGGCGGCCGCGGCCGCUGCCAUGACUCAGUCGGCUGUCAAACCGCUGAAGCGACCCCUCGAGGCAACCUUUGACCUGGGGAUUCCAUCCGUUAUGCCUCCAUUACCAAAGAGACCCGCACUUGAAAAAACCAACGGUGCCACAGCCAUGUUCAACACUGGCAUGUUCCAGUACCAACAGGCCCUUGCCAACAUGCAGUUCCAUCAGCAGGCAGCCUUCAUACCAUCAGGCUCGAUAUUGUGCAUGACACCUGCAGCAAGUGUUGUUCCCAUGAUGCACGGUGCUUCAGCAGCCACUGUGUCAGCAGCCACCACAUCUGCCACAAGUGUUCCCUUCGCAACAGCCACAGCCAAUCAGAUUCCAGUAAUAUCUGCAGAUCAGCUGACUAGUCACAAGUACAUGACUCAGAUGUAGGAGCAGACUUUAAACAAUCACAUCCAAGUGUGCUCGUGUGCCGUCCGAAUUUUAGGAUCCACCCUUUACACACCAUCCAGAGCAAAAGAAUAAAAGAAACCAUGUCACCAUUCCCUGGAAUGACGGAAAACACGCAUGCUAACACUGAUAAGGAUUCCAUUAGCUCAGCUGGGGUCUUGAAAACUGUUUUCUAUGAGUUUGUUUUGGUAAUCGGGGCUAUAAGAGCAUCACCGUCUGCCUUUUUCUGUGUGUGGAUGGUGCAGAGCAUGCCUAAACCAUUACAGUGAGAAAAGGCGAACCCACAGUGGUGUCUUGUUUUCGGUUUUUGGUUGUUGUUUUUUUUUUUGGUACUUUGUUUUCCGGGGUGUUGUGGGACAUUUAGUUUCAUUUAUGGUUUACAAACUAUGGUGCACCUUGAAAACCUAUUAAAAAUAAUGUAAAAGGAACAGCGAAUGCUACAUAAGACUAGAUAUCGUGCAUGCAGUGUUCCAUUCGUGAGCAGAUCUUUUUUCUAUAAGAUU